UGAUUGGCCAAGAGGAAUGCCAGCUCCCAAUGUCAGUGAUGCCAGUCCCCCAUCCACGCUCUUUCUUACCGGGAUCCCAGGGCUGGAAUGGGCUUACAUCUGGAUUGCUGUUCCCUUCUGUGCCAUGUAUCUGGUGGCGCUGUCUGGGAAUGCUGCCCUCAUCCUGGUCAUUGCCUUGGACAGUGUUCUUCACGCACCCAUGUACCUGUUCCUUUGCCUUCUCUCACUCACUGAUCUGGCUCUUAGCUCCACCACUGUGCCAAAAAUGCUGGCCAUUUUGUGGUUCCAUGCUGGUAAGAUUUCCUUUGAUGGAUGCCUGGCACAGAUGUUUUGUGUCCAUUCUGUCUAUGCUCUGGAGUCCUCGGUUCUUCUUGCCAUGGCCUUUGAUCGCUAUGUGGCCAUCUGCAAUCCUCUGAGAUACACAACCAUCCUCAACCAUACAGUCAUAGGCCGAAUUGCCCUUGCUGGGCUGUUCCGUAGUGUGGCUAUUGUCUCCCCCUUCAUUUUCUUGUUGAAGCGACUGCCUUACUGUGGUCACCGUAUUAUGACACACACAUACUGUGAACAUAUGGGCAUUGCUAGACUGGCCUGUGCCAACAUCACGGUCAAUGUUGUCUAUGGGCUGACGGUGGCCCUACUGGCCAUGGGUCUGGACUCUGUCCUAAUUUCUGUCUCCUAUGGCUUUAUCCUGCGUGCUGUCUUCCGUCUUCCAUCUCGUGAUGCCCAGCACAAAGCCCUGAGUACCUGUGGCUCACACCUUGCAGUCAUCACAGUCUUCUACAUCCCUGCCUUCUUCUCCUUCCUCACCCAUCGUUUUGGCCAAAACCGAAUCCCCAAACAUGUGCACAUCUUUCUGGCUAAUCUCUAUGUGCUGGUGCCUCCUGUGCUCAACCCAAUCAUCUACGGGGCCAGGACCAAGGAGAUUCGGAGUCGACUACUAAAACUGCUUCACUUGGGGAAGAUUGUAGUAUGAAUUCUGAGC